AUGGCGUCUUCGAUUUUCUAUGAUCUUCAAAGUUUACCAGAAGAAGCGCUUUCGUACACCGAUCUUAAAUUCUAUGAUAUGGUCAGAGAUUUACUUGGUUGUUCACAUGCAAGGUUAUUACAAUUUCAACAUAUUAAUUCAGUGCCCUGCUUCUUAUUAACAGACGAUGUCUGCGACGUUUUAAAAAUGGAAAUUGAUGACACAGAGUUAGAUGCCAUCCGUGACGAAAUAUGUUACAAACUGAAGAGCGGUGGUUACGUCGUCAAGGGUGGUAUUCAAACAAGUUUUCGUUGUUUUAAAGAAUUUCUGCUGAAAAAAACGGAAGAGAAAAUGAAACAGUUAAAAUAUAAACGAAAAGAUACUACUACAAUGACAUCACCAAACACUUUAACUCAAACACAACUAACAACAACUACAAUCUUAUCGCAAGCAACAACAGUAUCCUCACCAUCAUCCAUGACUUCUGAACAACACAAACAACAGCUCAUAGAAUUAACAAAAGAAUGGUGCAACGAUUCAAGAGAUAGUUUUGAAUUAAAGAAAUUGAUGUUAGUCGAAGGCAAUGAUUAUUUUUUAAAUGUAUUAGAUACAGGUAAUGUAUUAGAAGCUAAUGUUGUUUGUAAAUGCGGUAUUAAAACUGUUCUAUGCAAAAACGUUGAUAAAUUUACAAUGUCAAAUUACUACAGACAUUUGAGAAAUACAAAAUGCUCAUUAUUAAAAAAUCUUAAAAAAAAAGAAGAAGAAGAAGACCUUCAACAACAGCAAGCAGCAACACGUGCAGCAGGCAUGUCCCACCAGCAGCCAGUCAUUCAAAUUAUAACGACAACACCAGUUGCCGUUCAAUCGCCUUCUUCUAUUUCUACUCCUUCCGCGUCCUCAGUAACGACAAGAGCGAAACGUUCGAAUGAUUCGCAAACCAAUACUCCGGCAAAAAGAACUAAAAAAUGA